AUGCAGCUUGGUUAUGCAAUGCGUGGUGGACGCGGCGCUGGUCGUGGCCGUGGUGGAGGGUAUGACUACAGAGGUCCGAUGCAGCAGCCAUACAUGGGGAGCAGCGUUCCCACCGAUACAUUGUGUGUGCGUAUCAGUGAAAUACGACAACCUGUAACGGAGGAUAUGAUGUACCGCGUGUUUGGCAGCAUUUCUACGAAUCCUCGACGUUUGCAGAUUACUCCUUCUACAAAUCCCAAUGAAACCGUUGUCAUGGCACAGUUUUCCGAUUCCUAUGCUACCCAACGUGUAAUGGAGAACCUCAAUAAUCGAAAUAUAUUCAAUGAUGGAAACAAGAUGGUUAUGAAUUAUGCCACAUGGGAGCCUGCCCCAGUGCUUCCAGCGCCACAGACAGCUGUCUACGGCACUCCUGCCGCGGCUUAUGGAGGAAUGCCUCCCGCACCUAAUAUGAUGUAUCCACCGCAACAACAACAACAACAACAGCAGCAGCAACAGCAACCACAGCAACAGCAACAACCCUCUGUGUAUGUACACCCACGUCAACAGAUGCCCCAUAUGCAGCAAGGCCAACCUUCGCAAGGGCGUGUAGGAUUUGAUCAGCCGCGUGGUGGUCGCGGUCGUGGACGCGGCGGUGCGGGUGGACAUCGCGGUGGCCCCGGGGCGAUGGGCUUUGACCCAAUGGUAAUGGGAUACCCGCACAUGGGAUACCAGGGAAUGCCGGGCAUGAUGCCCAUGGCGGGCGGUAUGAUGAAUGCAUAUAUGUCGCAGAAGCCGCUGCCGAACUCGCCGACGGUGUUCCUCAGCGUGACAGUAGUGCCAGAGACGGAGCCGCUGCAAUCCAUCUUUACACUUCUUGAGGCCUUUGGUGGGGUGGUGACAAUACGACGCAAUCACAACAAGAAGGAGAUCUUGACAGUAAAGAUGGCCUCCAUUCCUGAGGCGGACAGUGUGGUGCAGUAUAUGCGGAAAGUCCCCUUCGCCGGUGGCACCGUCAGUGCAAAGCGCUUUCCGACAUACAACGAGCGCACGCCCUGCACAGACGACGGAGAUCCACGCGAUCCCGCCACCGCUCAGUACGACUUCACCACCGCACGUCACCGCAGUCCUGGACAGCGCAGCAAGUGCCACCCAUCCAAUGUGCUGAAAGUAACGGGAUGCGCAGGAUACUCCGAGGCAGAUGUAAUGACAUACUUCACCAGCGAAAACUUCUUCCCCGACCGUAUCAUCAAAGAUGACGAGGGUGCCUUCACGCUCCAGAUGGCAGACACAGAUACCGCCGUAGCACUGCUGGUCAAGUGUCAUAAUAACGUUUGCGGCGAAGAGCGUUCUAACGUGCUGUUUGUGGAGGGUCCAAAGGAAAACAACGACAACAACAAUGGUGAUAAUGCGGAGGGGAAUGGAGACAAGAACGGUCAUGCGUAA